GUUGGGCGCUCCUCUCCUUCUGCCGAGACGCCAAGAUGAGUUACGGACCGGACUACUAUGUCUCCUCCUCUUACCGGAAGAUUUUCGGGGACUCCCCACGCUUCUCAGCCUCUCCCUCCCGGCUGGGCAGCACCACCUCCUCGCGGAGCUCCAUCUCGUCCAGCGGAUUUAGAUCCCAGUCUCUCUCCCGAAGCAGCGCCUCUUCCCUAGGUUCGUACCGGAGAGCUGGGCGCUCGUCGUUCUCGCCGGUGUCCAGCGAAAACAUCGACCUCGCCCAAACUUCCGUCCUCAACAAUGAAUUCAAAAUCAUUCGUACGAAUGAGAAGGAGCAGCUGCAGGGGCUUAAUGACCGAUUUGCCAUGUUCAUCGAGAAGGUGCAUAACCUGGAGCAGCAGAACAAAGUCUUGGAAACCGAGCUGGUGGCGCUGCGCCAGAGGCAGAGCGAGCCGUCCCGACUAGCUGAGUUAUACCAGCAGGAGAUCCGAGAACUGCGCUCCCAGCUGGAGGAGAUCAACGGCGAGAAGUCGCAGAUAAUCAUCGACCGGGACAACAUUGAAGACGACUUGCAGAAGCUGAGAGCCAAGUAUGACGAUGAAAUCAGGGCUCGGGAAGAGGCCGAGCAGACCCUGAAGGCUUACAAAAAAGACGUGGACGAUGCCACGAUGGUGAGGCUGGACCUGGAGAAGAAAGUGGAAUCGCUCCUGGAUGAGAUUUCGUUCCUCAGGAAGGUGCAUGAGGAAGAGGUGACGGAGCUGAUGGCCAUGAUCCAGGCUGCCCAGGUUUCCGUGGAGAUGGAGGUGGCAAAGCCGGACCUCACCUCCGCGCUGAAGGAGAUCCGAGGCCAGUACGAGUCCCUGGCGGCUAAGAACCUGCAGUCGUCCGAGGACUGGUACAAGUCCAAGUUCGUCAAUUUGAGUGAACAGGCAGCCAAGAGCAACGAGGCGAUCCGGGCGAGCAGGGAAGAGAUAAACGAGUUCAGGAGGCAACUGCAGUCCAGGACCAUUGAGGUCGAGAGCCUCCGGAGCACUAACGAGUCACUGGAAAGGCAGAUCCGAGAGAUGGAAGACAGGCAUAAUGACGAAAUUUCGGGCUUCCAGGAUACAAUCGGGCAACUAGAGAACGAACUGCGGACCACCAAGAGUGAGAUGGCCCGCCACCUGCGGGAGUACCAGGACCUGCUGAAUGUCAAGAUGGCUCUGGACAUCGAGAUUGCAGCUUACAGGAAACUACUGGAGGGAGAGGAGACCCGAUUCAGCUCUGGAAUUAGCCUCCCCACCCCUAGCCUGGGUCCAAGCCUGAGCUACGGCUACCAGACACGGGUCUACACCAGUUCCUCCAAGGCCUCCUCCUCCUCCAAGAGGGAGGAGAAGGAGAAGGAGGAAGAGGCCCCAGCUAAGCCCGCGAAGGCUCCCACCCAGCGCGAGACCUUUGAGGAGAUCAUCGAGGAGACCAUAGUCUCCACCAAGAAGGUGGAUAAGACUGAGCCUGGGGAGGUUCACCCUGCUAGCCAGAAAAACUAAAACACCCCACUCUGCUACAUCUCUCAACCCAAGAGCAGUCUUAGAGAGGAAUCCCUCACUGAUCCGAGUUUCUCUUGAAUCUUGACAUUCAACAAUCCAAUUGCGAUCCCACUUAUUCUCUUUUAUAAACACUGUAGAAACACCGUGAGCAAGCUUCAGCAAAGACCUUUCCUCAAAAUCAGAAUCCAUCGUUACAAUAAUAUGGCGGGUUUCAGACUGAUUAUGUGCUCUGUCAAUGCCAACCUAUGCUUAGAUCUCAGCAUAUAAUCGCUAUUGAAAAACCUAUUCCAAAGGGGGUGUUUGUACACAAAGAACAACUGAGAUCCAUAUUCAUUUUAUAGAACAAAAAUGGCAUUGGUAUUGAAAGCAUGACACUUGUGUAGUAUAAUCACUGUUAAUUGAAUCUCUUACUGCUGCAAUGUCAUACAUAUCCUUACGAUGUGCACAUACAGUGCUGCAUAAAUAGAUUCGUCUUGUUCCAUAUGUGCACAACUGAAAACAGGAUUCCUCUCUGAGACUGCACUUGACACUGUGAGCCAGAUCCUAGUUUCACUCCCUCUUGAGAAGGAAAGAGAUGAAAAUCAUUAGGUGCAUGUCGUGCUUUUCAUGUUUGCAUGGUAGUUCUGUGUGGGCCAUUGACCAUUCCCCAUUAGAUCUCCUUAAAAACUCCUGUCAUCAGUCAUAGUGUUUGUGUUCAUUUCAGAUGUUUAUGCUGGAACUGCAUAAGUGGGUGAUAAUUAGUUACACUAAUAUACGUACUGCAACUCUUGUGUCCACAACACAGCACUGCCACAGUCUUUUACAAUGCUAGCCAGAGCUCACCUGAUGAUGGAGGCCUGAUUUAGGGUGCAUUUAUUUAAGAAUCUCUGCAUCUCAUUCAUUUGGGACUCUCUCCGACAACUCCUGAUCUUUAAAGUCUUGGAUACCAAAAAUGAUACUGGUCAAGACAAACCCUAAGAAAAACGAGAGAGAAAGUUGGUUAAUACCAAGAACACCAAGGCACAGUUCUAAAGGUUGUGUUAAAGACUGUGUCUUGAGAUGAUGACCAUUAAUCCGCAUGACAUUUUUCCAAAAAAACAACAUACUCUGUGAUACAAAAAAAAUGCUCCGUGACUACCACUUUGGUAUGAACCAGUGAGCACAAUGACUUCAGAUAAAAUCAGGAUUUGAUUGUAGAAACAAAUGCCUACUGAAUUUAAUCUCCAUAAUGUCUGAAGCCCUUGUAAACUGUGGUGAGCAGGUUGUAGAUCCAUCUGAGCCUAAGCAGUUCAACAGACUAGUUACAACACAUAUCUAGCCUUAAAAAGAGUUUCACUAAAACAGCUGAUGGUCGAUUUGUCAGUGGUGGUGGUCAGAAGAGGGGUCAUGUGUCAAACAACAUAUUGAAGAACAAUGUUUUAAAGCAAGCUUUAAGCAAGGGAACCAGCAACUGUGAACAACCUUCAACUAGUUUAGAAUUAAACCUCUUUGGAUGUAUGGUAUUCUUAUUUCUUACUGAAACCAAAUUCACGUUUAGUGUACACUGUUUAAGAAUUAUUGUCUUCAGACAAAAUUUAGGCAGAGUUUUAGAACUUGUAAUUCAUGUAUGACGCUAUAUGCAUAACACUGUUAUUUAUAUCAGGAAUUUAGAAAAAUUGAUAUGUGUGCCACUUAGACAUACUUAAGAGACACAAAAUGUAUAUUUUCUUGCAGCACGCUUGUAAGAGAAAUAUAAUCUGAUGUUUACUCUUUUCAUUGCUGGAGAUUUCUUUGACAUGAUCAACUUUCCUCUAGCCCACAAUGAAGUAUUGCAGAGCCACUCCUGUAGUAAAACGUGUUGCUUGUGUAGCAGAAAGUCUCUUUUCAUAUUGCUCUUUGUAUGAGAUGCCAUACACCCUCUGCCCAAAGCUGUCAUGAAAACUUUAGGGCUCAGAUUUUGUCACAUUGAAAAAAGGGGAGAUUAAGUCACAGGUGAGUGGCAUGCAUUACAACGGACUCCUCUGAAACUAUAAAGAGUGCACUGCCAAACCUUUUCUAAUGCAUCUGUGGCCAGCUCUGAAAACAUUUAAGAAUAAAUGUAAACCUAAAAGAUAAAAUGAAUGCUGUAGGUUUUUCAAAAUGCCUUAAUAACACCAGCAGCUUUUCCACUCUGGCGGUCUGUGUGCUUAGUAAUGUAUGUGAUGCCGAAAAGGUGUUGCUUUGAUUUGUUUUUUCCUCCAUGUGAACCAGAAUGAAAUGUAGAAUAUUAGCAUUGAAAGGAUAGUGACUGAAAGAAAUUAAUAUUUCUUCUUCCUUUGUUUCCUGACUGCUCUAAGGCACAAUAAAGACUUGACACAAUUA